AUGCCGUCCCCCUUCUUGACCCCCGGGUCGACUGCGAAAGCAGACGACUUCGCGCUCCUCCAUAUCCGCCGAGACCAGACGAUCCCAACCAUUCUCCGCAGCUUUGACGAUGAAAACCAAGGCUAUAAGGAAGGGAAGGUCUCUAAUACCCGAUUUGGGUCGUUUCCCCACAGCACGUUGAUCGAUCAACCUUGGGGCUCGCAGAUUCCUGCCUCCAAGGUCGACACUGGAUCGCGUGGCCGGCAAGGUCGAGGCAAGAAGCGCAAGGCGGAGGAUCUCGAUGCGUCGGGGACCACGACCGGCGCUGAUGAAGACAAGGCAUCUCCACAGAAGGCCGUCGCUGCCGGCAGUGGUUUCAUCCAUAUGAUGAGCCCGACUCCGGAGUCAUGGACAUUAUCACUCCCCCACCGGACUCAGGUCGUCUAUAUGUCGGACUACAGCUACGUUCUUCAUCGACUGCGCGCGCGUCCUGGAGGUACCAUUAUCGAAGCGGGAGCAGGCAGUGGUUCGUUCACCCAUGCCGCCGUGCGCGCCGUGUUCAGCGGAUAUCCGACCGAAGAGCCUACGAGCAAGAAGCGCCGGCUCGGAAAGGUGUGCAGCUUUGAGUUCCACGAACAACGGGUGGGUCGAGUGAAAGAAGAAAUCACCGAGCAUGGACUGGAUGGCCUAGUGGAGGUAACACAUCGCGACGUCUACGAGGACGGAUUCCUCCUUGGCGAUCCGAAGACGGGCCGGUCUCCCAAGGCCAAUGCCAUCUUUUUGGACUUGCCCGCUCCAUGGCUUGCUUUGAAACAUCUUGUGCGCAAGCCUGCUUCGGGUGCCGAAUCUCCGCUUGAUCCGUCCUCACCUGUCUUCUUGUGCACCUUCUCCCCGUGCCUCGAGCAAGUGCAGCGCACAAUCCGCACCAUGCGCCAGCUGGGCUGGUUAGACAUUUCCAUGGUUGAGGUCAGCUAUAAUCGGAUUGAAGUGAAGCGAGAACGGAUUGGGCUAGAUGCCGAAGGUGUACGUGGUGCCACUGUAUUCCCCAAAUCUGUCGAUGAAGCGGUUGCAAAGCUGCGAGUUGAGGAUGAAAGGGCCAAACGAAAUCGCCAAGCUCGCAUCGACGGUACUCUAAACAACCCGUCCCUCAAGGAAGAAAAUUCCAAGUCCUACAACACAUGGCAAUCUAACUCUGUCCCGGAAUAUCAGUUGGGCCGUGUGGUCCAUCGGUCUGAACCAGAGAUCAAAACACAUACAUCAUACUUGGUUUUUGCUAUUCUUCCUCGCGAUUGGUCCGAGGAGGAUGAGCAGAAAUGCCGUCAGAUGUGGGUCCCAAAUAAGGUGGAUGGUGAACAAAAGAAGCCAGAAAAGAGCAAGAAGCAAAUGAAGAAAGAAUACAAAGCUCAGCGGCUCCAAGAAAAAGCAGCAAAGGAAGAAUCAGGGGAACCGGCAGAGGAGCCGACAACUGAGGCUUGA